AUGACUGAUCGUUCAAAGAGUCUUAAAAAAUUUGAGCUGGAAUCAUUGAGGGAACAAUGUGCUUCUUAUGGAGUCGAAAACCACUACUUAGCUUUUAUGAAUCGAAUGCAUAUAAAUCAAUUAUACCCGUUUAUCGCCAUCCUCCUAAUUAUUACCUGUAUACAUUCCUUAUUGUUGGUAACGACACUCAGUUCAGCGGAAAGAGUGUUCAUAUAUAAUGAUAUAGCAGUGUAUAUCGGAGUGCCUAUGCUGGUUAUUCUAACUUUAUCCUUCAACUUCUGCACGAAUCUAGUAAAAGUAAAUCCUUGGAUAUCGUAUGUCACAACCACUGUGGUCAUCACGCUGCUCCUGGCUAUGGACAUGUCUCUGCCAUUUAUUUGUGCACAGUGGUACAACGUCACCAAGCCGAUAUAUUACAGCUUCAUAAUAUAUUCAAUAUACGUCUUCAUGCCCGUAGCCAAUAACAUUUACGCCAUCACAAUGGCCUUGCUAGUAUCAUUAAGUUACGUAUUAUUUUUUAAACUCGUAGUAUAUCGUUGGAAAAGUGAUGGCUCUGCAAAUGCAGACCACUCGAAAACCAUAUCUGAGGCUCUAUUCAUGGCGGGCAUCAAUGUACUGGGCCUGUUUGCGCGCCUGUCACGCGAAAUAGUUACGCGCAUGAUAUUUCUGGACAAACGGCAAUGCAUAGAGGAGAAACUUCUGCUUUAUGCUGCUAAAGACCAGGAGAGAAACCUGCUCUUGAGUAUCAUUCCAAAACAAAUUGCUCAUCAAAUGGAGGAGGAUGUGAAGAUGCGCAUCGACUUAAUGAAAUAUGCCAGAACUCGUGGAAAAGCAAUGAGUAUAAGCGAGGAAGUGAGGUUAGUUAAUUAGCGAAAACUGUUUAUAGAACCACAUGACGAUGUCACUAUACUCUAUGCAGAUGUUGUCAACUACACUCACCUAACAACUACUUUGGAUGUUCGCACGCUUGUGGGCACCCUAAAUGAUCUCUAUGUCCGGUUCGAUGACGCAGCGCAGGAGUUCAACGUGUUGCGCAUACAGUUUUUAGGUGACUGCUAUUAUUGUGUGGCAAAUGUUUCAAUACCCAAUGAAGAACAUGCCAAAGCCUGUGUAAAACUUGGUCUACGGAUGAUUCAGUCUAUACGCGAAGUGAGAGAUAUCAAGCAACUGGACAUCGAUAUGCGCAUUGGCGUACAUUCAGGUAGCGUCCUAUCGGGCGUCAUAGGUGCCAACAAAUGGCAGUUUGAUAUUUACUCCAAAGACGUAGAUAUAGCCAAUCGGUUAGAGAGCACGGGCGUACCUGGACGAGUGCAUAUAAGCAGAGAAACACUGCAGCAGCUCGACAAAAGAUUUGAAUAUGAGCCGGGAACGCAACGGGCGCGCCUCGAUCCGUUACUGCGAAAGUAUCAAAUUACCACAUUUCUAAUAACUCCGGAACCAACUGAUAGUCAAUUGUCGCGCUCAUCAAUGUAUUCAAGGCCUAGAGGCAAUGAUGAGGCAAGUUGCCGAUACUAUUUCAUAGUUGAGUUAUUUGAUUUUUACUGUCAUCAAAUAGGCUGCAGAGGAAAUAGCUGCAAUAGUAUCUUCUUUGGCGAGAGAAAACGCCUCACCGCGCUUGAGAGGGAAGUAAAAAAUUUUUACUCGAACUUUUCAUGGCUUUUCAUGUGGUACAAAAACUGGCGCUUGGAGCUCAGCUAUAUGCAACAAGCCGAUAUCUUGCUUAAAUAUAGUGUGCUUGUCGCUUACAUUACAACGCUUUGUAUGCUAACAAUGCUGGCUGUUACCGAUCAGCAAACGCUGUUAUUUUGGAUUUUGGUUCUGCUCGGGAAUAUUUUUUUUCUGGCCAUUUUGGCUUUGGUCUGGUACAAGAAACUAUGGACAAGGCUAUUCGGUAAAAUGUUUCGAGCAAAGCCCAAAGGAAAAAUCCACUACUGGUUUUUCAAGUUUUCGGAUAAAAUUCAACGAAACUACAAAUUCCGCAUUUGUGUGUAUUUAACGAUAUUGGCAAUACAGUUCUGUUUUUUGUUGGAGGAAUUGUUAGAUUACGAUCGGUUUAAAAGGGAAAAUGAUGUAAUCGAUAUGCAAGAAUACGAGGAUGAUUUCGAUGAUACUUGCUUCGAUCCGUGGGCUAUCUCAGAAGCUGUAGUGUUAAACUUGAGCAUGGCUUUUAUAUUCACUCAAGUUCCGUACGUCAUAAAAUGUUUUAUGGCACUUUGCAUACUCUCAUUUUACCUAAUUAUUGCCUUUGUCGUGGAUGACUUUUUUUACGAACAUAGCAUUAGUUCGAAUCAAUACUUGUUCCCGGAAUAUGCACACGUAUUACUUUUGCUGGUACAUCUCUUAAUGUCGCCCGUAAUAACUCGGCAGUUGGAAUUUAUUUCGCGAAUGGACCACAAUUGGAAAUCUGAGCUGAAGGAACAGAAAGACAACGCCAAAUUUACUAAAAAAACUAUUUCAAUAUUAAUUGGUAAUAUUCUGCCAUCUCAUAUAGUGAGUAUUUACAUGAAGGAUCAACUAACAAAUGAGCUGUACUACGAACAAUACGACAAUGUUGCUAUUAUGUUUGCAACUAUACUGAACUUCGAUGCCGAACAGGUUGGAAUGCGUGUUUUGAAUGACAUCAUUUGUGAUUUUGACCGAGUGCUGGGCACAUACCAGGGUAUCAAUAAGAUUGAAAAAAUUAAAGUGGCCGGUUGGACAUAUAUGGCCGCAUGUGGUCUGAGUGCAAGUAAUCCAGACGCGUUGCGGUCGCAAGAAUCUAAGGAAUAUCUGCCAAGCAGUUUUCUCUUGUCGGACGAUGACCGCUCGCCUUCCUUUCGCAGUAGCGAUUUUAAAAUGAAUGACAAGUUCAGUUUUGAGAAUGAUGUGGUUUAUGUCAUGAUGUGCUUCGCUUUGGAUCUAUUGCGCGCAAUGAGAGCUUUUAACAUGGAGAGCCGAGUACAAAACGAAGAGAAAAGCCGUAGGAUAGGUGCCUUGCGUAUUGGCAUAUCGAACGGUCCUGUAAUGGCUGGUGUGGUUGGUUUGUAUAAGCCAUUUUACGACGUAUGGGGCAAUGCUGUGAAUAUGGCUUCUCGCAUGGACUCGACCGGAACACCGGACUCAAUCCAAGUCACUGAGGAAUCUGCGCGCAUUUUAGAAUCCUAUCAAGUUCACUGCAUUUACAGAGGUGAAACUUAUGUAAAAGGGCGUGGUAACAUUCCUACGUAUUUUGUAAAUAUUGACGAAGAUCUAAGGCUCAUAAGAUAUACAGAGGAUACUAAUUUGAGUAGAAGCGGAGCAUAA